AUGCAAUCAUUUACAAAUGUUAAAAUAAGUGAAAUUCAAGUAUUUGAUGUACGUGUCCCUACUGCACUCUAUCAGAUUGGAUCAGAUGCAAUGCAUACUAAUCCAGAUUAUAGUUGUGCUUACGUAGUAGUUAAAACUGACAAUCCAACAUUAGAGGGAUAUGGAUUAACAUUUACUCUUGGUAAAGGAACUGAUGUUGUCGUUCAAUGUGUUAAAACACAGAGUGAACUUGUCAUUGGUAAAACCAUCAAAGAGAUCUUCGAUGACUAUCCAUCUUUCUACCGUCUAUUGACAUCGGAACCACAAUUACGUUGGAUCGGUCCUGAGAAAGGUGUUGUUCAUCUCUCUACAGCCGCCAUUGUAAAUGCAAUUUGGGAUUUAUAUUGUAAAUGUAAUGAUAAACCAUUAUGGAAAUUAAUAACUGAUAUGACUCCAGAAACAUUGGUUGGUCUUAUUGAUUUCAGAUAUCUAUCGGAUGCUCUGACCAAAGAAGAAGCAUUGGCAAUGCUAAAGGCACUGGAACCAACCAAACAGAAGCGCGAGAGGGAAAUGUUGGAGAAAGGAUUCCCUGCCUAUACUACCUCGGCUGGAUGGCUUGGCUAUAGCGACGAGAAAAUAUCGAGACUCUGUAAGGAAGCACUGGAAGAAGGAUUCACUCAUAUCAAGAUUAAAGUUGGUCAAGACAUCAACGAUGACAUCCGUCGAUGCAAGCUGAUUCGUGAGAUCAUUGGUCCUAAUAGACGUUUGAUGGUGGAUGCCAAUCAACGUUGGGACGUUCCUCAGGCCAUUGAGUAUGUUCCACAUUUGGUUGAGUUGUAUAUCAAUAAAGCAGAGAUAAAGAAUUCACAUUACCAAUGUCCAAGUAGCCCAGGUUAUGGUUGCGGAUUAACCAAAGAAGCGAUCCAAGAAUAUGAAUAUCCAAAUGGUUCAUAUUGGAGAAAAUUACAAAAACAUUGA